AUGGUUUUAUUAAACCCUAUUAAUAGAAAUCGGAAAUGGUGGCAGCCAUCAGCAAACAUGGCACCGAGAAAGAGAAGAAGGGUUGUGAAAUCUCAGCGGUCUCUGAAAAUGAAAGAGCCUGCAAGGGAGGAGAAGAAGAAGAUGCUCCUAGACUGUUCCGGUUAUCCAGACUGGACUCAGCUCCCUGAAGAGCUACUUCACAUCAUCACAGAGAAACUAGAGAACUGUUUCAAUAUCAUUCAUGCUCGCUCUGUUUGCACCUCGUGGCGAUCCACAUUUCCCUUUCCUGAUUCCCUGUUACGCCCAAGUUACUCUUUACCUGCGUUUGGCGAUUUCCCUUACGUAAGUACAGGCCUGUGCACUCUCGAGAAAGUCCCCAUGUUUCUCUUUAGAGUCCAAACUCUUCCUGCUGCUGCUUCUUCUUCAGCAACAGAGUAUUUCUUGGGAGGAGUAGGCCGAGAUGAGUCUGGAGAUCAUAUGGAGCUUCAGUCUCCUAUUCAAUGCUCAGUAAAGAUCCCAGGAUCUGAUGAUUCUGAUCCAACUGUGAUGAACAUACACAACACCCAGGUCUUCCCUCUCGGUCACCAGUACAGAAUCAUCGGUUGGGAUGCUGAAUCAUGGUCAACAAAGUACAAAGGCGUGGCGUUUCUUCCUCUAAACAAAGAGGGAGAAGAAUUUGUCAUCCUCCUCAAUUACUCUAUGGAUUUGUUAGUGUUAAGAAGCUCUGAAAUGAGGUGGAUGUGCCUUACGGAAACCUCUAAUGCUCAAUGCUGCCAUUUACUCGCCUUCAGAGGCAGGUUUUAUGCAACCUUUAUCAACGGGGACUUCUUUAUUUUCGAUCCUUAUACACUGAAACGGACUCCCUUCUCGCCAUCCCCGCCUCUGAGGUCAAGCAAAUACCUGGUUCAAGCGGGUGAUGAUGAACUUUUACUUGUUGAGAAGUUCAACCCGUUUCCUGGAGCUGAGGUACUGAAUUUUAACCGGUUCACUUGUAGAGUGAGUAGGUUAGACAAUGAAGCUGAUAAAUGGGUUGAGAUCACCGAUUUGGGAGACCGUGUGUUGUUUAUUAGAGACUCUGGAAAUUUCUGCUGCUCGGCUAAGGAGCUUCCUGAUGGUUGUGGUCUGAGCGGGAACUCGAUUGUUUUCACCAACACGGGGUAUAUGACAUACGCUUAUAAAUAUGGAGUACAUACAGGAAGAGAAGACGACGAGCUCAAUAUUUGGAGGUUCUCUAGAGAGAAUCGUGUGACAGUCCUCAGCACAUCUCCCAUUGUUGCUUUCCAGAUUGGCUCGGUGAUUCACUCGGUGAACGGUUCCGUCGACUCCCUCGACACCGAUCAGCUGUCUCACGGGGAGAUUCUCCGUCUAUUUCCACCAAAAAGGUGA